UUGUAUCUAUCACAAGUGCUAAAAUGAUUCCCAACCCCAUUGAAAUUGUCUGCGUCCACGUGGUCCAACCGAUCAUUGAUUUUCUGGACUACAUGCUAAUGGAAGUGAACUUCGUCGCCUUCCUGGCUGCCGUUGCUUGCCUUGGAGUAAUCAUGGGACUCAUCCUUGGGAUCGUGACUUUUAUUUGGUUUAAAAUGUCACGGGACGAGGAAACUAAGAAGACUUGUGCAGGAGAUGGAAUGCCGGUCAAUGUAAAAAAGAACGACUAAUGUCAACGUUUUAUCAACUUAUGUUUAUUUAAAUCGUAAUGUUAAUAAAAUGAAUGCGCUCUAA